AGUACGAGGAAAAUUUCUUAAGGAAUCAAGAGUUUUACUGUGACAAACCUUCAACCAAUGACCUUGACCCCAAAACGUGACCCUUAACCUCAAAGCAUCGGUUGUAGACAACAACAACAUAGGCGCAACACGCGAGCACCGGCACUGGAGCAGAGGAAGAAAGAUUUCAUCAGAAAUUAACUUCAACUUUAGGCGAUAGAUGCACCAGCUGUGAGAGUUAAUCAUGAGUAAACGCAAGGCGCCGACAAGUGAAAAUCCUAAUGCAGAUUUUUGUGAUUUCCUCAUGGAAUUAGCAAACUAUGAAAAAAAUGUGAACAGGCAAAUGCAUAAGUACAAUGUGUACCGGAAAGCUGCAGGACUGCUGGCUAAACAUCCCACAAGGAUCAAGAGUGGAGAGGAGGCCAAGAAACUGGAUGGCAUUGGUGACAAAAUUGGAAAGAAAAUUGAUGAGUUCAUCAGAACUGGAAAGCUGGAGAAACUUGAAAAGAUUCAUAAAGAUGACAAGAGUAUGGCUAUUGGUGAGCUGACUAAAGUCACAGGCGUUGGACCGGCUGCUGCUGCUAAAUUUGUCCAAGAAGGAAUCAUGUCCAUUGAAGAUUUGAGGAAGCACAUGGAUAAACUCAACCAUCACCAACAAAUUGGUUUAAAACAUUUUGAAGAUUUUGAAAAACGAAUUCCAAGAGCAGAGAUGGAACAACUUCAGAAAAUAGUCACAGAUGCGAUAAAGAAGCUAGAUGAUGAAUAUGAAGGUCGUGUGUGUGGCAGCUUCAGGAGAGGUGCUGAAUCCAGCGGUGAUAUUGACAUCUUGUUAACUCAUCCCAGCUUUACAUCAGAGAAGAAAAAAAUGCCAGUUUUGUUACACAAUGUUGUGAAGGAACUGGAAGGCAUUAAGUUUGUAACCGAUCAACUUUCUCUAGGUGACACCAAAUUUAUGGGUGUAUGUAGACUUCCCAAAGGUGAUGGUGAUGAUGAACCAAGCUACAGAAGAAUCGACAUCAGACUGAUCCCUCACGACCAGUAUUACUGUGCCCUGCUGUACUUCACGGGCAGUGACCAGUUUAACAAGCACAUGAGAGGCAUUGCCCUAGAGCAGGGAUUCACCCUCAAUGAGUACAGUAUUAGACCCAUGGGCAGCACGGGUAUUCCUGGUGAACCUUUACCUGUAUCCAGUGAGGAGGACAUAUUUGAUUACGUAGGAAUGAAGUUCAAAAAACCAAAAGACAGAAAUUUAUGAGGAGUCUUCAUUGGCAAUCUGGACACAGUUUUGUGUGAGCUUUUCUGUGGAUGAAGGACUUGACAAAUACAGAGUCAUUGUGACACAUACAUGUAUAUCAUCACUUGUACAGGUUUACAUUGUUAAAAAACAAGUAUACAUAUGUACUGUCAAGACCAUAAACGGUAUAGAUUCUUUAAAUGCCAUUGAUUGAAUUGAUAGAAUGCUGAUGCUGUAGUGAACAUACACUUGUGAUAGCUGACAGUUAAGUUACACCAACAAGCUUGUCGUAAGCUUGUUUCGAUUUUGUUGACAAAAUGUCCCAUUGAUGUUUUUUUUUUAUUAUUUAACUACAGUGAAAGGAAAUUUUUUGAAUGUUAAUUGAUGUUACAUUAAUGUAGCUUCUGCCUAGGACAGAUCUGUGUUGUUUUACACAUUUACAGUAUGGUAGUAUAGUAGGAAGAAUAUAUUUUUCUGCUCAUAUGACAACAUUUUGUAGGGUGUUGACUUCUGCUCUGGUGCAACCAUUACAAAAAAAACUGUUAUACACAGAAAGGGUUUACAUGUACUUAUUGUUUUCAAUGAGGAGAGUGGUACAGAUUUGACGUUAAGAGCAUUAUUGCAUUUUGGAGUGGUCAGUUCUUCAUUUAACAGGAAUUCACCAUUUUUUGUGGUCACAAUCAUGCUGUGGCAUGUGGCAUGCUGUUUUGUAAAAUGCUUCUAAUUAUCAGCUGUAGUUCCAUUGUAGAAACGAGUCCAUUUUGGAUGUCAUAGCAAUGGUUAGUCUGGUUCCAUGGUGUAUUCUGCCUACCUUGAAUGUGACGUCAGGUACAUUACAUGGCUAUCUGCCCUAUGAUUGGUCACUUAUAUAUAGUAGCACGUUUGCAGUGGGGGAAGCCUAUCAACAAAGUAUGGUGUUUGAAAGAUUUGUCACAAUGCGUUAAUGCUAGAAUUAGACGUGACAGUGUACAACGCCACUGUGACGUUACAAAGAUAUGCACAAAUAAAACACUGAUGGUUACGCGUGGGAAGCAAUGACCUAGUGAUGAUGAUGUCACCACACCAGAUGCGGUGGUGCAGUGAAUUUAUACUGUGCCUGCCCCUUGAAGCGAUUAGCACCUUGUCAUCAGGGGCAGGGAACCAGUGAAAGCGAUGUUGAGAAAGUUUGUUUGUUCUUCCAAAUACUGUAGUGGCGACAAGGUGAGCAGGGGAAAUAACUCCUUCCAUGAAUCUGGGAUUCCCUGUAUCAAGGUUCAAACGUACAUGCAUGUGCAUUGGCCAAAUAUUUUUGCUUGUCCUGUUUUAUUACUUAGUUCAUGCAUUUUUCCAAUAAAGCACAGCAGUUAUUAAGUAAUAAACAGUCCAGAUAGCAAUGUUUGAAAAUGCAAUGGAUGAUGUGUUCCAUUUUAUAUGAAUUUGUGGAUGCAAAGAGACAUUGUUUUGUAUUUAUGUUUGUACUACCUGUGUCUUGCCACUGUUAACCUAAUGAAAGAAAUUGAUAAAUAACGGCAUUUAACUUUACAUGGCAUGCCUGAAUUUGUUAAACAGAAUAAAACUGUGUAGAAUCUCGAAUGAUACUUGUUGGCUUUUCUGGGAUGUGGAUCUCACAUUUUUUGUGUAGUUGCAAUUAUGGCACAUACCCAGAUCAUUGUGGUUUCAGACUAAACUGUGUGCAUGUGUGAUAGUCGUCAGGCCCGAAGUACUCGUAUUUAAGUCACCUAAUAAGAUACCCUCUACGUUGGGUUCAUUAU